ACUGGGUUUUCAAACGGGUUUGUGUCGAAUCCCGACAUCGUUUAGUGGCUUAAUCCGCCUUUAGAGUCCGAGCUGAGCGGUACCGGAGCUGAGAUCUGUGCUGCGCCGUUUCCUCUCCGCACUUCCGCGAUGAGUUUGCCCCCCCAAAAUAGCAAUAGGAUCCUAGAGGCUCGUGAUUGGUUUGCCAACACUGACGUCAUACACGUCGCAAACAUGGCGGAAGUAAAAGUGUUUCCUCUGUGCUGUGUGGUACAGAACUACGCGUGGGGUAAAGUGGGUCUGGACAGUGAGGUUGCGCGUCUCGUGCUCGGCGGAGAUCCUCAGGCCGUCAUACACGACGAUGAACCCUAUGCAGAGCUCUGGAUGGGCGCUCAUCCCAAAGGCGACGCUCUCAUCAAAGACAACCGGAUAUCCCAGAGGACACUGGGGCAGUGGAUUGCUGCUUUCCCAGGAUGCCUGGGGUCAAAGGUCAAAGACACAUUCCAUGGGCAGCUACCCUUCCUCUUCAAAGUACUGUCCGUCAACACGGCUCUGUCCGUCCAGGCACAUCCAAACAGAGAGCUGGCGGCUAGACUUCACGCUCAAUUCCCGGAACAUUACCCUGAUAGCAACCACAAGCCCGAGAUGGCCAUCGCCCUCACGCAGUUUGAGGGGCUCUGUGGCUUUCGGCCGGUGGAUGAAAUCCUCGACUUUCUCCAACAUGUGCCGGAGUUCCGUGCACUGGUGAGCGCUGAAGCUGCCGAGGAUCUCCGAAGGUCUCGGGAUGAUCCCGAGCGAACAUCUCACGCGCUGAAGAAGUGUUUCACACGCAUGAUGAACUGUGAGAAGAAACUGUUGGUGGAUCAACUCAACGUUCUGGUCAAACGCAUCUCUGAGGAAGAGGCAGCAGGCAGAGACACAUCCAGCAGUAACGGAGAACUGUUGCUACGGUUACACUCACAGUAUCCGGGAGAUGUGGGAUGUUUCUCCAUCUACUUCCUUAAUCGUAUGGUUCUGCGGCCGGGCGAGGCCAUGUUUCUGGGUGCCAAUGAACCUCACGCGUAUCUUUCUGGAGACUGUGUGGAGUGCAUGGCAUGUUCUGAUAACACCGUCCGUGCCGGACUGACUCCCAAAUACAUGGAUGUGGACACGCUGUGUGAGAUGCUGAACUAUCGUCCUGCUCCGGCCAGCGCCAAAAUCUUCCCGUGCGUGCGGGACCACUCGGACCCCUGCGUCUACCUGUACGACCCACCUGUUGCCGACUUCUCCGUCAUGAGAAUACAGAUAGCUGCGUCAGUCCAGCAGUACACAGUGAGCGCGCUGGAAUCUGCCGGCAUCCUUUUGGUCGUUGAAGGAGAUGCCGUGGCCUCCUCCGCUGCGGCGCUCUCUGACAUCACUCUACAGAGAGGCUCUGUGCUUUUCAUUUCAGCCAAUGAGAGUGUCUCUUUACAGGUGACGUCGUCGUCGGGCGUGACCAUGUUCCGAGCCUGCUGUUUACUGUAGGACAGAAUCUCUUGACGUGUUGCAGAAUAACUCCGAGCUUGACCCACAUGUUUACGGUUCAAAUGAUUGAGCUUACAAAAUAACACUGAAAUAUAAAUAAUGAAGCCGGUGGAAGGAUGAAAUGUUUCUGUAUGUCGUUUCGAAAUGUAUAAAGCUGGGAGUUCAUGUACAAUGCAAAAAAUGACUUUCUUGCUGAAUAUCUUUGUCUUGUUUACCAGUACAAAUGUCUAAAAGUUCUUGAAUCAUGAUGCAUUAUCUCGAGAAACAAAAUUACCCAAGAUAAGUGUUGAUUUUAGAUAAAAAAUAUGAAAUUUCAGUGAAUAUUUGCUUAAAACAAGCAGCUAAAUCUUCUAAUGGGUUAAAAGAAAGUAUCUUGGAUUAAAGUUUACAUUUUUCUUAGUCCAUAAAUUCAAGAUUAUUUUUCUUACCCCAUUGGAAGAUUUUGCUGCUUGUUUUAAGGACAAAUUCCAUAUUUUUGUUGUAAAAACAUGACUUAUUUUCUUGGGUAAUUUUGCUCAUCGAGAUAAUGCAUCAUGAUUCAAGAAUCUUUUGACAUUUGUACUGUAAAACAAGACAAACAUACUAAGAAAAUAUGUUUUUUAGCAGUGUACCAGUUUUACCGCAAAGUCCACAUGAAACCAUGAACACUGUCAGCUCCGGCGGUGAAUGAGAUCUUAUCUAUGAUAUCACACUAUAGACGUUUAAGAACGGGUUUUGAGAAAGUAAAUAAUGUAUGUUUGUUUUGAGAGAAGAUGCACGACUGAUGCAUGAUUUCUCUCACUCUGGCCAUUAGGACUUUUGCACAUACCAUAAAAACACAAGUCCAGAGGGAGGACAGGAACAUCUGUGCUUUACAAUCAAAUCUGGCUGAAACCUAACUUUGAGGAAUUUCUCUUUUUUCAGAUCACAGUUUUUCAUACUGUUACUGUUGAACAACAUUAAGACAGUUGAAGGGUUUUAUUGGUGAGACUGACCAGUUUCUUCUUUAUUCCUGUAACUGUUGUUACACUAGCAGUGUGUGAUUAUGAUGAGCACAAAGGAUUCUGGGAAUUUCUGGGUAUCUGCCUCUUUAAAUGUGAUUCUCUAAAAGAGGGAUGAGAGCAUGUACAUGUAUGAAGCAUGUGUUUGAGUGAUGUCAUGUGAAAUAAACACUUGUGUACUCUU